AUGUCCGCCUCGUCUAGGAAUUGCGCAGCGCAGAGCUCCGCGAGAUCCUCAACCGCCAGAGGCACGCAAAUCCAGGAAGUCACUACGAUGCCCUCCGUCCAGGACCUCAGGUUCUUCGACCCCUGUGCCGCCACGGCCUCCAUGUUUCUCUACGCUCAGGGACGCUCCGUCAUGUGCUGCCACCAUGACACUCUCACCGUCGAGCGGAGGUUCGCCAGGCACACCGAAGAGGUCCAACUACUGGCCGUGGACAACCACAGCGAGGUGGGUGGAGGCCGCCUCGUUGUCAGCUACGACGCCGGCCAGACGGCCAUCGUAUGGGACUUGAUGACAGGGGACGAAGUGGCUCGGUUCACUUCAUAUGACCAUCUCACGGUGGCCGCGUGGAUGCGUAAUGGAAAUGUAGCGUUCGGUAACACCCAAGGGAGCAUUAUCCUCUUUGAGCCCACCACCUCUGAGCACAUCUCGUCGAGAACAAUCGACCAGAUUGCCGUCACAGCGCUGGCUCCUUCUGCGGAUUGCCGAACCUUUGCCAUCGGGUAUCAAAACGGCUCUUUGUUGAUUGCGACUCUCCAACCCCGCUUCACCAUUUUGCACAAUUUAACAACGUCAAGAGGUCCGUCCCCCAUUGUCACCCUGUCUUGGCAUGCGUCCUCGUCGCGGCAAAAAUCAGACAUGCUGGCCGUGCAGACCCACGACGGCGACCUGCGCGUCUGGAGCGUGGCCAAGUCGUACAGCGCCGACGACCCUGCCAAAGUCGUCCGGAUACUCCGGCGCAGAGAAAAUUUCGUUGCCGGGCCCAAUUGGAUGGGCUGGUCAAAGAAUGGACGCAUCAUUCAGUUUUCGGACUCGGAGACGCUUUCGUGGGAUGUACGGACCAAGCACGUCACCUUCGAUUCCAUCCCGACGCUUGAGCACGUCAAGGGCAUUGCUGUGUACGGGCCCGGUGCCACCCUGUUUACUCUGGGACCUCAAUGUACGGUCCACCAGUUUGACCUCAACUCGCCUUCCAUCAUGGUCAACAGUGUCCAGCACUCAGUCGCCCCCCUGCCGCCGUCGCCACCAAACUCCAUCGAAGAGCCGGGGGCAAAGCCGCCCGUCCCCGUCACAACCGUUCACACGUCGGAGUCGGAUGGUAGCUCAGUUCCUGUGGAAGUGGGCAUCUCGGAAAGCGAUGACGACCAUCUGUCGCCGUUCGCCCGUCUGGCUAAACAGCAAGCCCCAGACUCGGGGACGGAGCAGUCGUCAUCUGCGGGUUCCCGGACGCCAGGACGCCACAACGGCUCGAUCAAGUCGCAAGGAAUGUCCGACAACACCUACAUCUCGGCAGGAACGUCGUUGAAGUCGUCGACCGUCGGUAGACGAGAGCCAGAUAACUACUCCAUGGGCUAUUCGCUCGGAACGACGAGCGCAUCGUCCGUGUCUUCUUCCCGCCACAGGCACAGACCGUCAAGGCUGCGACACGAGGUUCCGCGCAGCCCCGACGACAACAAGGUCCAUGACCUGUUCAAGUUUACGCGUACGCGGCUCAGCGACAUUCCCUACAGACAUCCAAUUAUAUCAGACAACUCUCGUCUCACAAACGACGACCUUCGCCGGCAGAUGCUGAGCACCAUAUUCGGCUGGCAACACGAAGUCAAUGAUCUGAUUCGGGAUGAGAUGACCAGGUACCCUGCGGGAUCCGCCAGUCGCAUCUUGCUCGCGAAAUGGCUGGGCGAUAUGGACGCAGACUUCAUGGCCGGCAGCUCCGAGAACAUGACGUCGUCUGACUGGAUGCUCUUGGCCUUGAGCGGGAUUGGCGGCCAUCAGUCUCAGCACAAACUGGGGCGUGCCUAUGUCCAGAGGCUGCUAGAGAGUGGCGACAUACACGUCGCCGUGACCAUCAUGCUCGGCAUGGGCGACCACAACGACGCCAUCGAGGUCUACAUCUCGCAUAAGCGCUACAUGGAGGCACUCAUUCUGACGUGUGUCGCGUUCCCCGGCGUGUGGGAACGGCAGGUUGCCAUUGUCAGGAAAUGGGGCGAAUGGGCCGUGCAACAUGGCCAGCAGCAACUGGCCAUUCGUUGCUUCGCAUGCACCGACCAGGAGUCGACAGAGCCAUGGACAUCGCCUUCGGCUGCUCAGCUCAACUUCCAAAGCAUCACGCCAAGUAUCCCCGAGGUGCUGAGUCCGCCUCUCUCACCGCCUGGUACCCAGCGCGGUCCGCAACGAAGCAUCGCAAAGAGCUCGGCACUAAAGCUCAUCACUUCCUUCGGGGACCAGACCCAGAAAUCUAGGUUCUACUCGCAGGGCGACGGCGGGCAGACCCCCAUAGCGGCCGGCGUGACGCCCAUUGCAGACUCGGCCAUCUCGCCGGGGGGCUCAUACGAAGCCGCCACGGCCUUCCUUCGCCCGUCGAGCAACAGCAGGUUCAAUACGCCCACUUCUGCUCGGGCGGGCGGCUCAAGCCUUGGCCGAAGCCGACUGCCUUCGAUCGGGGAGAUCCCAUCGGAUCUGAAUCGCGCUGCGCUCCAAGCUGCGGAGCAAGUCGCCAACCCCGUAGAACCGAAAGAGGGAAUGUCUCUGCAGCGUGCGGCCUCAGCAAGCCCGAUGAUGAUGCGAGAUCGCUUCAAGCGCGCCGCGACAGCGCAUGAGGGCGAGUGGCCGCCGUCACCCGACCGAGACAUCUUGGCUAAGAUGCAAGAGGCCAGAUCCAACAGCCGCAAUGGCUCACGGGAUCGCAUCCCUCACGGCGUUAACCUCCACGUGCAAACGGAACAGAUAUGCCCGGCAGAGGUGACAUCGCCAGAGCAAUCGGUUUCCUCUUCCACGCGAUUUCACUGGCCGACUCGGCGCCGUGGACCAGGCUCGAUUGCUAGCUCCAUCACAUCCAACUCAAGCGCAAGCCGCAGUCUGCGAGCCAACCCUCGGCAUCGCGAGGAUUACAUUCAUAGCCUGGACGUGGCGCAGAGCUAUCACUCGAAGAGGAACAAGAGCAGGCACGGUAGCAAGGAGAGAAGUCCCCGUUCCUGGACCAAACCCAAGAGGUCUCCCACGUCCCCCAUUCCCAUGUCUCCCGAAGAUCUCGCCAAUUUGAGCACUGCCAAGAACAGCGAAGUUCCCGAGCCACUUACCGUCAGGAAGUCAGGCGCUCAAGCGCUUAACGCGACCAGUCGGACAUCCAGCCGUGGAAGCAACCAUAAAAGUCUCGAGGAGCGACCUCGGCCCCCGGCACUGGACAUCCGCGGCAGAACAGCUUGCCGCGAGACUAGCCACCAGCGAUCACCCUCGUCCCCGCUGCCGCUAUCCGCGGGCACUCUUCAUUACCAAGGAUCCGAAGACGAGGAGGACUUUAAGAGGGCCAUGCAGGCUCGGGAAGACUUCCGAGCAAGGCACGGCCGUAGUUCCAGCCGCGGUCUCAACUCGCCGGCCGCGGCCGAGCGGGAGCGUUCCAAAAGCCGUCGUCGAGAGGUGGCCGAGUUACUCGACAGCCAUCCGCCUCUGCCUUUGGUUUCCCAGGGGCGAGCCGCAUCAACAGAGCACGCCGGCGACCUGCGCCAGAUGAAGGACGAGCGCCAGCGGAAGAAGGAACAAGCUGCCCGCGAGCUUGAGGAACGUCGAAAGUCCCUGGCCAAGAGACCACAAGCCCCUCAGAUCCCGCACCCUAGCGAGAUCAGCUCUCCCUUGACGCGGGUUGGCGUUGAGGCUGCCGAUGUCCAGCCUUGCAACGAUGACGUGCCACCGAGGAGCGCGACCGAACCGCCCAAGACUACGUAUGCCAGGAGUGGCCCGCCGAUUGGACUGCCAGCUACUCCCAAGGCAAUGCGACUCAUCAUGGAGUCGGAAAACAGCGGUAGAGCCAGCAGAGACAUGGCAGAAGUUCCGCCGAUUCCGCUUACGUUUGCCCAAAGACACUCGCCCAACACGUCUCCUGACAAGGAGAAGGGUGCAGGGCUACUGGCUCUGCUCCCCUCGACAGUGUACCAGCCUCCGGGACGCCCGGCGAUCCCGCGAAGCAUGUCGGCGCCCAUUCCCGACGAAUCUCAUCGUCCUCGAAGCACGAGAAAAACCAGCUACGGCGAUGCUCGGGGCAUCGAUGAAGUGAUGAGCGGUCAGAGACGACGUUCGCAUGAGGAGCCGGUGCCGCCUCCGCCACCUCCGCCGCCGGCUGCGCCAGUGCUGAAGGAGCUGCAACACUUGGCCGUUCCUCCGCCACCCCCUCCUGCGCCCUUGGCGCAUGCACAGCGACAGCACAAUCAGGGCGCGGUUGGCUCUGGCAUGAUCGAGAUUGUUAUGGACGAUGACGACAACGCCCCCGUUGCAGCAGCUCCCAACGAUGGCAUGGUGCCCGUGAUUGCACUACCGGCGCCUCCACCGAGAGGCCACCGCCGGGGCCGCAGCAGCGGGGACGGCAGCCUGUCGGGACGCCUAUCCAAAGCUACGGAGCGUCUCCGGUCGGCCAGCCGAGGCCAUAAAGAUUCGGGCAGAAGCGCCAUCAGAUCGCCGCCGAUUGAGACUUGUCAUCUCAAUAGCCCCAUGUCUGCAGUUCAGUUGCGAUAUCCCAUUACUGGGAUGCCACCGCCUGCCAAGUAUGACACAGACUUGAUGCGGUCUCCCAUCGAGCCCAAAGGAAAUCAUGCAUCCACUGGGCUUCACCACAGCGAGAUGAUUUGA